CGGCAGGACGUAAUGCGCUACCCAAUGCAGGAGUUUGUCCUAUUUUAAUAAAGCUUUGGGCUCAUUCCUCAUUCACUUGCGUGUGUUGCGCAGCUUUUUGUAUAUCAUCUCAUCUCAUAGUUGGAAUAGGCAAAUACCGUAUCUCGUAAACGAAUAAACUUUAAGGGAAAUAGAUAACUCUAGGCAUGGCGUUUGUGGGUAAUAUAGCCAGCUUGACACAUGGGCAGAGAGAACUGCACCACAAAAUCAGCACUUCUUCCUUCGGCAAUUUGUCCGAUGGCUCGUAUGGUACAAGUCCACCAAAGGCCUCUCCAGGCGCACAUAGCGCACUUAAGCCGACCUCGAAUAUGGCUUUCAACCCUGUUCCAACGACCCCCGGAAAAUGUUCCAAGUUAAAAGUCAACGUAUUGCUUGACUCGACGAUAUAUGUCGCUGGAGGAAACCUACACGGAAGAAUGGAAAUUAUAUCGUCCACCAACAAAAGCUUGAAAUUAGGAGAGAUAUCUGUUGAACUCAAUGGUUUUGAAGAGGUCAGCGAUAAAGAUUACGAGCGAAGUCAGGCCUUCCUUUCCGCUCGCAUUGUUUUUCAAGGAGAGCGUAUGCCUCCCUCAAACGCAGUCCGCGGUCCGGGAGAGAAUGGAUUCUGGCAAGCAAAUAAGGGCAAAACAACUUUCCCAUUUGCUUUCCGCCUUCCAAAUGACGCACCGAGCUCUUAUGCGUACCAGAAUAUCUCUAGCUUACGAUAUGUCGUCACAGGGGUGGUUCAAUAUAAGCAAAAUGGACGAAGCGACAGUUUAUUCAGAUCAAAGGAGGCGUUCGUGGUGGAAAACUGGAAAGCCAAUCAUAUGGACAUCACAGAUGAGCCAAUAAGGGCAAAAAAUCAUCGGAAAGUCUGGUUUGGAGGUGCCGGAGAAGUUCAGCUUGAGGGUACCAUUCAAAAAUCCUUCUUUUGUUCGGGGAAUGACGUGUAUGUGGAGCUUCGCGUAAAAAACGACUCAAAGAGACGAGUUCAAGGAAUCAAGUUAUCAUUAAUUCGCAAGUUGAUGAUGCUACGGGAAGGAACAUCUGCUCAAGAUCCACUAAACGAUGUGAAGAUGUUUAGUGAGUCGGUAUCCGAAACAACUUUCAAAGAGAAGGAUUUCAUUUUUGAUCCUGGAGAGGAGAGGGCGAACAUCCUUAAUAUCCACAUUCCGCGUUUUGUUCGUACAGUACGCAACACCGCUUUGGCAGAGGUAGCGUGCCGAGUAAUCAUUGCGCUUAAUAUGGGGACGUUCAAUAAGGACCUGGUGAUUGAGCUUCCCAUCAAUGUUUGCCAUUCAGCUUCCAUCCUACCCCCACCCACGGUUAACAUGAUGGCUAACUUGCACCCGCAACACUACAAUGUAAUUUCCGAUGACCCUGCGGAGGAGGUGGCUCCAACCGUCCGUAAACGUGAUAAAAACUGGAAAGCAACAUUGCGAGCGCGUUCCGCUUCACCACCACGGACAGUUCGCGGAGCAAUGGCGCUGAGUCCUCCAAAAGGAAGACGCGCACUUCCAUGGUCAGAUGAUGAGGGGGACGUUGCCGACUUUGUGGCACGAAGGAGAGCUCGAAAGAGCAAUGCCGCUAUGGACACGCCGCCCCCAGAAGACCAUUCUCCCCCUGCUGGAGGCUUCCUUCGGGAACUGGUUCCAAAUUCCCCUGCUUCGGCGACCAUGCGAGGUAUCGCCACGAAGGGAAACAUUGCCAAAUCGCCCCCAAUUGGUCCAACCGGUCCAAUCUCCUAUGUUCCCGCUGUCGAACGAAGCAAGUACUUGUCGAGAUCGUCUAUGCUUCUGGACAUCCCAUCAAGUCCCAAUCAACAAACGGAGACCCCGACAUCGCCUCAGCAGUGGGCUACUCAUGGCAAUUCUCCUGAUCCGUUGUCGCUUCCAAGCCCCGUACUUCAUGGUAGAAGGGCUCUCCCGGAACCCAGUUUCUAUGAACCACCACCAUCCCAGAACGCGGCGCCCAGCAGCCCAACUGGUCGCACUCCCAGGCCAUUACCCUCCAUUCCAGAUCUUGCCGCCGCGAGAAACUUUACUGACGACGACAAGAUUCCAAUUCAAUAUCGAACAAUGUCACCGCCUUUAAAGCCAAGACCUGUAAACUAUGUCUCCAAACUCGGUCGUGACCCGAAACCGCUACCCGAGCCGAAACAGCAGCAAACGACUACCUCCGCCAAUCAUCUCGCGCCGGCUGCCGAGGCAAGACCCUCUGCGAGGUUUUCCGCCACUUCUCAACUGUCAACAAUCGUCGGAACAGAAAACAACUUCUUGGAUAUCGAUUUCGACUUUGGGGACGGAUUCCUGGGAGAUGCAGACCCCAAGACAUCCACACUCAGUCGUACUUUAAGGCGAGGUCAACAGAUGGCUGCUGUUCCUGUUGAAUCUAAUGAUAAUCUGGCAAAGAAAGAAAAUCUACAUCCUGGGUUAUCACUAAGCCCACCCUCAAAGCCGAUACCGAUUGGGUCAAAGUCAAACAAGGAGGUAGCAACGAUAUCUCCCCGCACGAUGUCACCAAAACUGGCAGAAUAUCUUGCAAAGUAUUCCCAGGCGGCUAACGGAAUAUGAGUCGACAUACGUAAUAGUCGUUUAAUUUGACACUGAUAUACUGAUAUAUAGUUGUCUUGUAUAGUAGUUCUAUUUUUUUUUUUCUUGUAUUUAGCACCGUGCGUACGUAAAGAUUAAACAAGUAUGUCAUUUUAAGUAACGUAAAACAGUCACCCAUGAUAGACAGC